AGAUCGACCUCACAGGUGAGAGAUCAACCUCACAGGCGUGCAGGAGCUGCUCCCCUCCGCCAUGACGGACUCCGGCCUCAGCUCCUCCUCCACCUCCACCAGCCUCGGGGUGGGGGGGGUGACGCACCUCGCCCCCCCGCUGAUCAGCCAGGUCGACGCUUCUGCAGAACAAGACGAGAAAGUCAGAGCUCUCAUCGAGUUCAUCACGUCCAGGAAGCGUGGCCCGCUGUGGAACCACGAGGACGUCUCUCCAAAGAACCCGAACAUAAAGAGCGCCGAGCAGCUGAGUGUGUUUGUGCGGCACGUGGUGACCGUCUUCAAACACUCGCCCUCAGGUUUCCAGCUGGACUCCCUGCUGAGCGAGGUGUCUCUGCAGACCGCUCUCUCCUGCUCCUCCAGACAUUACGCAGGACGGUCCUUCCAGAUCUUCAGAGCUCUGAAGCAGCCUCUGACUCUGGGCACGCUGUCCGACAUCCUGUCCAGACUGGUGGAGACGGUGGGAGACCCUGGAGAGGAGGCGCAGGUCAGGACAUUAAAAACCUUCUACUUUAAUAUCCAUAUACUUUUACUCACUUCUGGAGAGGAGGCGCUGGUCGGGACACAGUAG